UUUGAAUGGAAUCAAUUCGAACAUAAUAACCCAGAGAUAAAUCAAAAUUCCCAAUUUGAACAUAAUAAAUUAAUAACUCAAUUUCACAAUUCGAACAUAAUAAAUUAAUUUCCCAGAAAUAACUCAAAAUUCCUAAUUCGAACAUAAUUCAAAUUCCCAAUUCAAAAAAACAAAUGAAAGAGGAAAAGAGGAGUAAAUAAAAAAAUCCUUACCUUUGAGUGACUGAGAGAGGUGGUGGCGACAGAAGGUGGUGGCGCGUCGCGGAUUGAGGGAGUACGAAGUCUACGAACACCAGAUAUGAAGAAAGGAACUGAUAUUCGACCAAGGAGACAAUAUACGGUGGUCGGAGUGAGAUACGGUGGUCGGAGUGAAGGAAAUGAAGGGUUUUGGUGAGGAAGUAGAGGAAUUGAGGAGUGAAGGUGGCCGAAAGUCAGAAAAAUGAAGGAGAAAAUUAGGGUUUGCUAUAUAUAUGUAGGGGAAUUGGGCUGGAAUCUAUAUGGGCUUUAAACAUUUCGAUUUAGAUUUCGAUUUUCGGUUUUUUAGGACCCAAAACCGAAUCCAAACCGAAAUAAUUCGGUUUCAGGAUUUUGGAACCAAAUCCAAACUGAAAACCGAAAAAACCGAACCGAAUUUCUAGUUCGGUUUGGUUUGGAUCGGUUUUCGGUUUUUAUCCAAACUACUUUCACCCCUACAUAGGUCCAUAUUGAUUCAUUUUGUCUUUUGGAUUGGUAAAUUUGUAGCAAAAUCGAUCGAAUGUUCAAAUCUUAAAUUCCAAAUUCUUAAUCUUUAAUCCGGUCUAAUUCAAUCGAGUCUAGUAUAGUCUUGAAACGGUGAACAACCUUCGCUUAGGCGGUUCGACCAAUUACCUCUACUUUCUUUCUUUUUUUUUUUUUUUCAACAAGACCUCUACUCUUUUUUUUAACAACAAAUACCUAACUCUUUCCCUCUUCAAUUUGACAGUUUAAUUUCUUAUCAUUUGAACCUCCCGUAAACAACAACCAACUCUCACUUGCCAACUAAAUGCUUUUCAACCCUCAAACUUUCAUCUCUCUCCUCAAAUCCCACUGCCACUCCAUUUCCACCACCUCCGCCGCAUCCUCCACCUUUUUCAACCUCCAACAAUGGCGGAACAUCACCAAAGUUCGCCUAAAAUGGGUGAAGAACAAAACUAUCGACCAUAUUAUCGACAAAGAAACCGAUCUCAAAGCUGCCAUGCUUCUCAAAGAUGCCAUUAAACGUUCUCCAACUUCCUUCAUCACUGCCCGAACAGUCUCCGAUUGGCAGAAGCUUCUAGGUCUUACUGUCCCUGUUCUUCGAUUUCUUCGAAGGUAUCCUACUCUUUUUCACGAAUUUCCUCAUUCUCGUUACCCUAAUUUGCCCUGCUUUAAGCUUACUGAUUUUGCUGUUAUAUUAGAUCAACAAGAACACUUAAUUUAUGAAAAUGAUGAAUUGGGUAUUGUUGAAAGGCUUUGUAAAUUGCUGAUGAUGACGAAAUCUAAGGGGGCGCCAUUGCAAUCGAUUUAUCCUUUGAAAUGGGAUUUAGGGUUACCGGAUAAUUUUGAGAAAUUGAUUGUUUUGAAGUAUCCGAAUCAUUUUAGGGUUUUAAAGGGGAGUAAUGGGUUACCCUUUUUGAGUCUUGUAGAAUGGAGGGAAGAAUUUGCUGUUUCUGCAUUGGAAAAGAGUGGUGAAAAGAGGAUUGAAUUAGGGAAUGAUUAUAGGGAGUUUAAGAAGGGGCAAACCGCUUUAGCUUUCGCGAUGAGCUUUCCGAAGGGGUAUGGGUAUCAAAAGAAGGUUAAGGCUUGGAUGGAGGAGUUUCAGAAGUUGCCUUAUGUUUCGCCUUAUGAGGAUUCUUCGAGGCUCGAUCCUAUGAGCGAGCUUAUGGAGAAACGGAUAGUUGGGUUGUUGCAUGAGUUUUUGAGCUUGACUAUACAUAAGAAGACUAAAAGGAAUUAUUUGAGAAGCUUGAGAGAGGAGUUGAAUCUUCCUCAUAGGUUUACUCGGAUUUUUACGAGGUAUCCGGGGAUAUUCUAUCUGUCUUUGAAGUGUAAGACAACCACUGUUACUUUGAAAGAAGGGUAUCGAAAGGGUAGAUUACUGAAUCCUCAUCCGCUGGUCCGUAUUAGGGAUAAGUUUUACCAUGUGAUGAGAACGGGGCUUCUUCAUCGCGGUAAAGGUGUGGACUUUUUGUCGCCACAUGACUGCUUGCUGGAUAAUGCUGGAGAUGGAAAUGGAGAAGAGUCAGAAGACUAUGAAAAUAUGGAGGGGGAGGAGCAUGAGAUGGAAGGGGAAUGUUGGGAAGAGGAAACAUCCAGUUUGGAGGAAGAAUCUGAUGAGUAGCAGAUUGAAGCACAAGUGCAGGCAUUAGUUUUUGCUACUUUAGUUGUCAUACAUUUAGGACUCAUCGAGUUUAAAAAAACCGAUUAUGAAGAAAUGUGAGACAUUAUACGUCAACUUAUCAUCUUUGAUUCAUUAGGCUUGCAGUUAUCAGGGCAGUUUUAUUUACUAGCUUUAUCACUACAGAAAUGUUCACCAUCUCUACCUAUUUUCUAUUGCAGUCUAUAGGAUACACCGAUACAGAUAAUGUGUACCCUGCUUGUGCGCUUGGUCACAUUGUAUAAAGUAGAUUCAUCCUAUUUCUGACUGCCUGAUACUGAUCCAUUGUCUGAUCAAUGUUUGUACUCCAAAAUGAGACAUUACAAUCUCUGGUGAAUAAAGGUUAACCAACAUUACAAUCUCUGGUGAAUAAACUGAGCAAGAAGUUCUAAUUUUAAGCACUUCUUUAUUCAUUGCUGAGCAGCAGUGCAUAUCUGAAUAUCUGAUUACCAUCUCGUAUUGCGUUCACAUCAGAUCCCCCUAUCUGCAAAAGUUCGAUGUUUAAUCAGAGGCAUUGGGCAAUGUUUUUAGCUCUUCAAACUGCUAUAUCCAUAAAACAAUAGUCCAAUUUGGCUUACUUUGUAAAUUAAUGUGUAUUCUAUAGUUUUUUUGGCUGCUAAGCAUGGUUUUACAAUGCCAUUUACUACUUAGUUUUCAUUAACCCAGGAUACCCAUGUGGCCAUGUAAGUAUUUCACUGCAAUCUGAAGGUUAAUGUUACUCCUUUUCUGCCUAU